GAUCAACCGACUUCCGGCCAGGCCGUUGUCUGGGUGGCGCGGUCGAGUCAUCGUUGGGCCUCGCCGCUUCGAUCUCCUAUCCCUUCCCCCCCACCCCCCGCCCCAGCGCGGGGGGUCGACCAGUCAAGUGGCGCGGGAGGCGUCUCGGAUCUUCCCCUUCAUUUCGCUGUGGCCAGCUCCCUGGCUCCCCGCGCUGGGGGUCUGGGGUCCUUGGGGGCCCGCGAGGCCCGGUCUGAGGGGCCGGGGCCUACGUGGGCCCGCCGCUGGGCCCCAUGAGGCAUAGCCUGACCAAACUGCUGGCGGCCUCAGGCAGCGACUCCCCAACGCGCAGCGAGAGUCCGGCGCCGGCCGCGACCUGCUUGCUGCCCCCGGACCUGACCCGGGCGGCGGCGGCUGCAGCGGCGGCGGCGGAGGAGGAAGAGACGGCGGCGGCCGGAUCUCCCGGCCGCAAGCAGCCGCGCGGCGACGAGGGCGAGUUGGAGGCCGGGAGGGGGGGCCGCGGCGGCGUGGCCGUGCGCGCGCCCUCGCCCGAGGAGAUGGAGGAGGAGGCGAUCGCCAGCGUCCCCGGGGAGGAGACGGAGGACAUGGACUUUCUGUCCGGGCUGGAACUGGCAGAUCUUUUGGACCCCCGGCAACCGGACUGGCACCUGGAGCCCGGACUCAGCUCGCCCGGGCCUCUCUCGUCGUCCGGCGGAGGCUCGGAUAGCGGCGGCCUGUGGAGAGGGGACGACGACGACGAGGCCGCGGCUGCCGAGAUGCAGCGCUUUUCUGACCUGCUGCAGAGGCUCUUAAACGGCAUCGGAGGCUGCAGCAGCGGCAGUGACAGUGGCAGCGGCGAAAAGAGGCGGAGAAAGUCCCCAGGAGGAGGCGCGGGCAGCAGCGGCAACGACAACAACCAGGCGGCGACAAAGAGUCCCCGGAAGGCGGCGGCGGCUGCUGCCCGUCUCAAUCGGCUGAAGAAGAAGGAGUACGUGAUGGGGCUGGAAAGUCGAGUCCGGGGUCUGGCAGCCGAGAACCAGGAGCUGCGGGCCGAGAAUCGGGAGCUGGGCAAGCGUGUGCAGGCACUGCAGGAGGAGAGUCGAUACCUACGGGCCGUCUUAGCCAACGAGACCGGACUGGCUCGCUUGCUGAGCCGGCUGAGCGGCGUGGGACUGCGGCUGACCACCUCGCUCUUCAGAGACUCGCCCGCCGGUGACCAUGACUACGCUCUGCCCGUGGGAAAGCAGCAGCAGGACCUACUGGAAGAGGACGACUCGGCGGGAGGAGUGUGUCUUCAUGUGGACAAGGAUAAGGUGUCGGUGGAGUUCUGCUCGGCGUGCGCCCGGAAGGCGUCGUCUUCUCUUAAAAUGUAGGGUCAAGUAAUCUGCUCUUUAUCCGCGUUUACCCCUUUCAACUCCCUUACACCAUGUAAAACACCUUAGUGGGACAUCUUCACUGGACACAUUUCAGAGGAGGAAAACAGUAAUAUUGAAUCUUUAAGUGUUUAGCUAAAAGCAUGAAUGUGACACUGUAACCAACUCCUAAUGAUAACAUGUGACUAUUAAAUCUCUCUGACAGUUUCUUUUUUAGGUGAUUUCCUUCCUGCCAGGCUCCGUUGUAGGGGUUACAGAACAGUCGUUCCCGCCUCACAACCUGUGGAUACAGCUGUUGGGGCAGAAGAGACGGGACCAGCUGCUGGCCACAUUUCCUGCUUUAUUUUAAAAGGUAGUAUAAGAAAUGAGGAAAAAGAGGUAAUAUCAGGGCUUCUGCUGUCUUUUAUUUUAAAAUGUUCAUAAUUAAAAAGUAUUUUCCAGCAGUCCAAAGAUGUAAGUUAUCUUACACAUAAAAUGUUUUGUUGUUAUUUGGUUAUAAAAAUGGAAUCCUUGUUCUUGCACAACUGUAAAUGUUUUGUUGCUAGAUAACACAAUUUGAGACCUAACUUGGUCUCUGGUUUCCAGUGCAUUACAGCAUAUUUUGUAAAAUCAUCUACUGCACUUGAGCAUGAAUGGGUAAUAGCCAAACUCACAACCUGGAGUGAUGAACCUGCUUAUACCUAAGUGCAGGAGCAAGCCCCUCACAAUGCAGCUGCAUGGAUUUUUAGUGCCUACUGAAUUAUAUAUAUAUAUAUAUAUAUAUAUACACACACACACAAACCAAAAGUAGUUGGAAAAAUUAUUUGAAAUGACUAAUUUGUGCUAUCUCUAUGGAAUAUGUUAAAUGUAGCUUUUUGAAACAGAAGCCUUGAAUUGAAAUUUAAUUAAUACUUGAACAUUUUGUAUAUAUUUCUUUGUAUAUAAUUUUGUGCAGUACCAAUGACAAAAAUAUGGUGUCAUAAUAAAACCAGGUUUGUUGAUCUUUCAGUUAUGGGCUCAAAGAAUUUAUUCAUCUCUAACAUGACAUUGGAAAAUAAUGGAUGAAAAUAGGAAAAAUGAUUAUUGUUAAUGCUGACUUUGGGUCUUAAAAGGUUCUGGAAGCAGUAAGUGUGUUUUUCUAAAAUACCAUUCCCUUGGAAUAUUUUCUUCCUAAUGUCAUUGCUUUUCCUGCAUUAUUUGAAGUUUGGGGCUGGGGAGAAAUAGUAGUCAGAGCUUUCUGAAUUGGAAUGCUUUGAAAAUUCUAAGUGUAGAUUUUUAGAAUGUCAUUUUAUAAAUGGCAGUUUUUGGAAAUACUUGAGUAAGAACUUUUGAGAAUGGAGAUUAGUAUCACCUAUUUUUAAAGCUGCUUAUUUAGGUUACUUACGUUUUAACUGUCUUUUCUUAGUUUCCAUUUCAUUCUCCUUUUUUUUUUUUUCCCUAAUUUUGGUGACUUAGUGAUUUUGUCAUUUUUUACAUCAACUUCAUGGUCUUGUUUUUACAUGGUAUUGCAUGUAUUUAGGACCUAACAGGGGCUUUAAAUAAAUUUGAUCAUAUUUAUGUGUAAGCACAUUUUACUGUAAAUGUUUGGGUUUCUGAAUUUACAACAGAUCUGUUUAUUUCAGUAUGUAGUAAACAAUAUCUUAAAGUGUCCGAUUCACUACUUGUUAAUUAAAAAAGUUAUGAUUAAUAUGAAACUGUUGUCUUACUAUUUUUAGAAAAUUGUGUUCUGAAUGAUUAGUAGUUGGAUAAAGGAGAUUUCUGGAAUAUAAUAAGGAUUGUUUUGAAAUUUUAAGGUUUGGCUCUAUUUACUGUAGUGGUUGAAAACAACUUAGUAUUUGGGAAACUUUUUUUUUUUUCCCUAAUUGCCUCUAUGGCAAAAUGAUGCAGAAUUAAAGAGGUAGUUUUUUUUUUUUUUUAAUAUUUGCCUUCUGAUGGUGACAGGAAUUCAUACAUUAAUUGAACUAACACAUCAUAUUGACCUCCUAUUUCUGUCAUAUUGACUUACUGUUUCUGCACUUUCUUGACCAGUCCUAACUAAAAAGUCCACAUUUGUUAAAAUGUCGUCACACCUCUGAUAUAAUCCGACAAAAAGUGUUCAAAAUAUUUUAAAUAUUUGUGCAUUUUGUAAUCACUAAAUUAAUCUCUCUCUCUUCUCUUUAAACAGCUUAGCAGUGUCUGCAAAAACGAAUCUUUUCCUACAACCUGUUAACUGACUGGACUGAUGGUAACAAAGUAAUUGUGGGAGCCAUGUCGGUCAAAAAUUUGGCAUCUGCUGAAAAAAAUGAAUGCCAUAUUCAAGUUCCCAAAUUACUUCUGUACUGAUUUCACUUUCCAGAUUUCACUUUCCAGAAAUGGAGAUAUGAAAAGAUUCUCUGGAAUCCUUGAAAGACUUAAUAGAAAUACAUGAGACUAAGUUAAUUUUGGAACAAAAUCAUACCCUUUUGUCUUUCAUGGGAGUGAUACUCAGUUCUUGCAUACCUUUUAAAAAUUGUAACCAUUGGAGAAGAGAAUUAUAGUAUUUCAUCAAGGAAUAAUAGAGUCUUUACACAAUCAAGAGCACAUUCUGUAGAAUUACAUUUAGUGGAGUAGAAUUACAUAAACAGGCCAUCAGGGAUCACAAAGCAUAUUAUGAGUUUGUAUUUAUUUCCUGGAACUUGAGAGCUAAUCUGAAGUAUAGGCUGACCUUGCUGAGUAGAAUAUAAAAGUUAAUGUAAAGUCCUUAACUAUAAAGAGUAGUCUUUUUAAAUAGAUGCAUUGAUUUGUCUUGUGUAUCUGAAAAAAUUGAUUAUGAUUAAAUAUGUGAGUAGUUAAUUACAAUUCAGGGUAAUAGGAUGUUUGGAUUCUGAGGUUUUGGCUUCUUGAGUUUUCUCUGAGUACUUGACACUUUCUUGAAUAUUUUGAGGUUUCUAACGGUAUCGUAGUUUCUACUGUUAUAUAUUAAAAUUUCUCUAGUGUUACGUAAGGGCUUUAGUAUUCUGGAUGAUGGGAGUGUUUUUUUUUUUUGUUUUUAUGCGGAAUGUGAUUGUUUUACUUAAUUGAAACAUUUUUCCAGUUUAUUACAAGUGUGAAAAAACACUCAAAACUCUGGAUUGUUUUAUUUCAUUUCAUUGGAUUAUGUUAAUACAUUAUUUAGUCUGGUCUAGACUGAGUCAUUUUAUCUUACUGACUCAUUGGGAAGUGUGUAGAUCAGAGAGGUGGGAGGGGUAGGAGAUAGCCAGAAUGAAUUAUCAUAACUAUACAGUUUAGUUAUUGUAUGAUAUUAUACAAAAUUUAUUAAAUCCACUGUUGCUUGUAAUCUAAGUAUAUUCAGUGCCUGUGCUGCCAGGCAACAAUGAGCAUGUGUAGUGGCUUAUACUCAACUGAUGGAUAUUCCUACAGUUCCAACAGUAUAACUGGUUGUAUUUCUACAACCAAAGAUUUGGCAUUAACACUAGUUCGUGAUGAUUAAUUACUCCUUUGAUAGAACAGAGUGGAUAACUCACUGAUAAUGAGUAAUUACCUUUAAAAAUACAUGAUUACCUAGUUCAGCAUUUUGAAGUUCUAGUUUAAGGUCUCACUAAUUUAGUCAGAGUUUUAAGUUAAAUAAUCUGAUGAUUCUUAAAAGUUGAGUAGGUACUGAAAUACUUUUAAGUGUUUACUUUUUCCCCCAGACUCUUAUUAAUACAAAGUGUUGAGACCCUCCCAAAUGUUUAUAUUUCUGUAUUUUACUGUGUACUUUUUUUCUUCGGAAACCAGGUAGUUAACCCUCUAAGUUAGGGAUCAGAAAGGGGAGGGUCUUCCAUUAGAAACUUGUAGAAUGUUUUGUGUGGCCGGCAUAGUAUUUUUCAUAUAUUUGAACUUGAAUACCUCAAUCCUCUGCCUGGCAGUCACUCGUUGUCUUACAAUACCAGAUAGCUCUCAGCUCUGAUCUGUUUGUAGUAAAAUGGUCAUUUACUUUCAGUUUUGAAAUGUAGAAAAAUUAAACGAGGUGAUUUAAAUUUUAUUCAGAAAGUAACCAUCUUUAGGAAUAUAAAUCAUGCAGUAUCAGGGAAAAAUUGAUUUUUAAAAAAAUAUAUAGGUUGGUUAAUAGAAUUGUUGCUCAUGAACUUGCCUUUUUCAUUGCUUUGGUUACUGAUAAUAGUGUUUUUAUUCCUACUUUUUUACCUUCCUCAAUUUGUACAUUCAAGAUUUCUUAAUUAGAGCCAUUUCCCCCAAUUUUUAAAAAGAAACCAGUUUACAAUCAACUUUAAUAAUUUUUAUAGUUUUGUUGACCCCAGAUUAUUUUUUGCUGAAAAUUAUUUCGCUUAAUUUUCAAUCUAAUUUAAAAAUGUAGUCACUAAUGGUGUUUUGAAAAAUUGCGUCAUUGGGAUAAUAUGCACAGUUUGAUUUUUAUUGGUGGCCCAACUUUUCUUUACACUGUGCCUCCAAAUGCUAUAUCUUUGGAUACCCACUGCAGUCAGUUUCCUAGACCGUCUGGCUUUUAAUGUGCUAUAGUUUGGGGUUUACAAUGUAAUAUGAGCCUUCUCUCUUUCAUAAAGCCAGAUAACUACACCAAGUAAAUUGUAAAAGACAGACUUAAAUAGUUGGUUUACUAUGACUGAACUGAACUAUUAAAAGCUCUCUAAGGGUAGUGUUCUUCAGGUCUUAGCUACAAAUGACUAUUUCCCUAAAUUGUAAGGAAGACCACAGCAAGUUUACAUGUCAUUUACCUGCCCCCAUCCAAGUUUUGGUAAAGUAGAUUUGUAGCAACAGAUGUAAAAUAACAUUGUCUCUUGCUUAUAUUGUCCAUUUUUACUAAUUGGAAAGAUGAUUUAAAAAUAUAUAUGGUAGAGGACGGAGAUGUUAGAAAGUAAUUCUUUUUGGUUACAGACACAUUGUAAACUCUUGUAUGGAUUUAUAGAUGGUAUUAUGGUAGAAGUGUUUCAGCACAAGAAAACAAUUUGUACUGAGUUACCAGUUUAGUUGUCAGAGGCUUUUGAAUUAUCCAGGUUGAUUGCGCCAUUCUUUUUCUUUAAGGAGUCUAAUUUAGUAAUAUGGAUUUCUUAUUUUUGAAGUCAGGAGUUUUAAUUUUUGCUGUGAUAAGUAGAACUCUCCUUUAAAUAAAAAUGACAGAAUGUAAAGUA